UAUCCGUACGACGCGUUCAGAACUUCAGGAAGUGAAAGGUUGGUGUGAGGGUCCGUUAGCUAAACUAAGCUAAGCUAAAUACAAAACAUCCUCAAACGGUUCUAUCGGCUAAACAUUUGUGUUUUGGUUCCUGUAUAAAACACGCAAUGGCGUAUCAGCUCUACAGAAACACGACACUCGGAAACAGUUUACAAGAGAGUCUUGAUGAGCUUAUACAGACUCAACAGAUCACCCCACAGUUAGCCCUGCAAGUACUGCUACAGUUUGACAAAGCCAUCAACACUGCACUGGCUAAUCGAGUUCGCAACAGAGUCAACUUUAAAGGAUCUCUGAACACGUACAGAUUUUGUGACAACGUCUGGACGUUUGUUCUGAAUGACGUGGAGUUCCGUGAGGUCACUGACCUGGUGAAGGUGGAUAAAGUGAAGAUAGUAGCCUGCGAUGGAAAAAACACUGGCUCAAACACAGCGGAGUGAGGAAGGACAGAGUGCAGAUAUCACCAGAGAGAAUUAGAAGAAGAGUAAGAAUGCUGGACUCAAAGAGAGGACUGUAUACAUACUAUUUAUUACAAAUGACAGCUCUCCAUCUUUCAUAUAACGGCCAGUUCUACACAAGGCCUUGGACAUUUUAUAUAUAUAUAUAUAUAUAU